GAUCUUGUCCAUCCGGUAAACGUGUGUUUUGUUUUUUUUGUCUUAUAUUACUCUAGUUUUAAUUACAAGUACGACAAAGGCAUGGCAGGAAGACGAACUCGGAACUCUGUCAAUAUGAACGACCCACGCGACCCCAUUAGUAUUAUCCACGAUCUUUCCGAACUCAUUCGUGAACAAGCCCAAAACCAUCACGAACAAAUCCAGCAACUUCUCCAAAACCAUCCACCUCCACCACCGCAACCGAAUCCUCAAAACUUGUACGAAAAAUUCCUCCGUAUGAACCCAUCGGAAUUUCAUGGUGGUCCCGAUCCUGUAAUAGCCGAAGAAUGGAUCAAGUCCCUGGAAGUUAUCUUCGACUAUAUGCAAAUGGGUGAUCGUGAAAGAGUACACUGCGCCCUUUUCUUACUUCGUAACGAGGCCCGAAACUGGUGGGAAGGAGCGAAAGAAGGAAUUGAACUCGAAAACUUACAAUGGUCAAUCUUUAAGGUCCAGUUUUUCGAGAAAUACUUCUCUAAGGAUAUCCGAGCCAACAAACUCAAGGAAUUCCUUGAACUUCGUCAAGGCGAUCUUUCCAUGACCGAAUACGUUCAUCGCCAAAGAUGCCGAGGAAAAGAAGAACCACUUCACUAGGGGACUACAGCCCGAAAUUCGACGAGAUAUCCGCAUGUCCGACGCUUCUACCUUCCGUCAACUUGUAGACAAAGCACUUUCAGCCGCCCAAGAUGAGAUAGAAAUUCAGCAGAGCCGACGUCCUCAAAACCUUGGC